AUGAUGCCGGUGAGUUAUUGUAACACACAUAGCCUAAGGUUUGAGGUCACAUGUUCGUGUUAUAUGAUUUAAGAUUUCGAUUAGACAAGAUGAAGAAUUGUUUAGCAUAUGACCUCACUCCUUAGGCUAUGUUUUAUCUUGUUCCUCAGCCUAUAGCAUCCCUAUUCCUCUGUUAUAUUGAGACAAAGGCAGGAUCACCACACAAAAUCUGAACAGGUUUUUAGCACACUGACAAUCAACAUGUUGCUGGCAACAGACAGUGUAACGAAUAGCAGGUUCUGUAAAUACUGAAUAUUUUUGUCAUUUAGCAGCCUUACAAGAGCAAUUAGGGUUAAGUACCUUGCUCAAUGGUACGUCGACAGAUUUUUGACCUAGUCAAGUCGGGAUUCGAACCAAUGACGUUUGAGUUACUGGCCCAACGCUCUUAACCGCUAGGCUACCUGCCGCGCUUGUAGCCUUCCAUUUCCAAUUGAUCACUGGCUGUGUUAAUGACUUUCAGUAAACCCAGUCUUCCAAUCCAGAGUAAUAAUAAAGCACAGUGGGCUAUUAACUGUUUGUAACCUUGCUUAUGAAGUCUGAAUACCCCACAUCUUGGCCAAUUAUGGGCUUCCUUGAUCAGAGUGUUUUAUACAACAUUAGCAUGAAUAACAGUGUAGCAUGAAUAACAGUAGUGGAAUCGGCGGUUUGCCUUCAAAAUAAAAGUCCCCCAUUGAAACUGAUGCAAACAGAUAAACAUUGUGGAAUCAUGCCACAAUUGUACUAGAAACUGCUAAACAAGGUUGGAGUGUUGUUAUAUAAAUUCUACAAAAGACGAUAACUAGUUAAUCUGACACAAAAAAGUAAAAAAUCAUUUGAAAUUGCACUGUGGAUGUAUAGACUUCAGAAUUGCAAUGGGGGUAUACAUAUAUUGCAAUGUUACAGCCUUACCUAUGGAUCUUGGGUCCAUUUAAAAUGGGGUAUCAGCCUACUCAGUGACACCCACAGAACAGAACUGUAAACAGUUUUCACAAAUAUUAGCUGUCGUAGCUCUUAUUGCGGGACUCUGAAACCACUGUGAAAUCAGCAACAUAUUAAAGGAAAGGUUCACCCAUUUUGAAUGUUAUAUUGUUUUUGUGUAUCCCUAUCCCCUUUUCAUGUGUAUCUAAGUUAUUGGCAAUCAAGCAGGCAGAACUCCGUCUGGUAUCACAUAGCACCUUGAUAGUCGUUCUCACUGCACUGGAAGUUAAUAGGAAUACGACUUUUAGAUUGCAAAAUGUCUAUCAUACAUGUAAGAUUUCAAUACUGGCCGAUGUCAUAACUCGAGAGGAUGUCUUCUCUUGAAUGUGUCAUUGAUCAUAUUUUUGUGAUAUUCCUACCUUGAGAAAUGUGUAAUUUAAUGGAGGGUUUAGCACAUUUUUCCUGUUUGUCUGCCUCUUUAGUCACGGGUGCAUUGCAUGGUGCCGUUGCUAGAGGUACUGUAUUAUAGAAAGGAAAUAGGAAUCCAAGGAAUGUAUAACGCCCCACCCAGCAGACUGUCGACCAAUCGCGUUCACAUUGUCAUGAUGCAUCACGCGGUUGCUAAGCUAAUCGUCACGCAAUCCCUUCUCAAAGUCAGUGUAUAUGUCAAGAAACGUGCCUAUUUUCUUCGAAAGUACUUAAUGUUACGAUUCCAAAGCUAUACGAUACUACAGAUAGCAAUUUCAUUAUCUCACAUCUCGGAAAAGAUUUGUAAUGUUGUACUUCUUGUUGACGAAAUUAGUGCUAAUGUUGGGUUUUUGAGCUACCGCCCAAUAGACUCCCAUUCACUCCUUGACUGAGAGCGCUCCUUGUCCCAGAAUCGCCCAGAAUGCACCUCACGGCCCACUCUGUGAGGCACAUCGAUCUGCAGGUUGAACAUGGUGAGAUUGUAGACUCCUAAAUUGAUCGUGCAGUUUGUUUAGGCAAUUUUACAGCUAACUAGCUACGUUACAUGCUGAUAUUUCUUUGGUAUUAUUGUGUAUAGCUACGUUUGCUAGUUAGCUAGCUAGCCAGCUAGCCAGCCAGCCCAUAGAGAGCAUUGCAUUGUGGAUUUUGUAAUAGACUUGAGAUGCAACAGAUUCCCACAACGAUUUUCACUAUCGCUACCAACCUUACUUUAACGCCAAAAUGAAACAUUUGUUCACAAAAAAUAUUGUUCUCACAUAUUAGUUUUAUUUAACACUGUAAAUUAAAGGAAUGGGUGGUUUUGGGUGGAUUCUUCCUUUAAGCUCACCAGUCAACCUAUGGAUCCUGGGUCUAUGAAAUGGGGUUUCAGCCUACUCCGUGACACCCACAGAUUACAAUUCUAAAGAGUAUGCACAAAUAUUAGUGCCGUAGCUCUUAUUGCGGGACUUUAUUUUCACUAGUUUCAUCUGUUUACAUCAGUUUCAAUGGUGGACUUUUAUUUUGAAGGCGAGCCGCUGAUUCCACUAAUGUUGCUCAUGCUAAUGUUGUUCAGCAAUUCCAUGUGUUCUCUGAAUGUCUAGCUAGCAGGUUUUGCUUUCCUUAAAUCAUAUCUUAUGACUCAUAACAUUUCUGAAAUUAAAGAAUGGUUUAAAAUCAUGCUGCAUGCAUAUGAGGUUAAUUGUCAAUUAGGCUACUACACCAUAUUUCGCCUGAAAAGCUUCAGUGGACUACACACAAGUAAAAUCCCAAUUUAAAGGUUUGUGGUUGUCUGACAUGAACUAAGUGUAAGCUGUUCUGUCCAUACACAACACUGUUGGAUGACAUGGUGAUAAUAAUGUUUUUGACCAUUGCCUUUUUGUGUGUAAAUCCAAUGAGUGUCAAGUUGAUUGAUUGUAAUCUCGUAAAAAAAACAACAGCCUCCUGAGUGGCACAGCGGUCUAAGGCACUGCAUCGCGUUGCUUGAGGUGUCACUACAGACCCGGGUUUGAUCCCAGGCUGUGUCACAGCUGGCAGUGACCAGGAGACCCAGGAGGCAGAGCACAAUUGGCUCAGCGUUGUCUGGGUUAGGGGAGGGUUUGGCCGGCCAGGAUUUCCUUGUCCCAUCGCACUCUAGUGACUCCUUGUGGCGGGCCGGGUGCCUGCAAGCUGACUUCGGUCGCCAGUUGGAUGGUGUUUCCUCUGGCACAUUGGUGCAGCUGGCUUCUGGGUUAAGCGAGCAGUGCGGCUUGGCAGGAUCAUGUUUCGGAGGACGCUUGGCUCUCGACCUUCGCCUCUCCCGAGUCCGUAGGGCAGUUGCAGUGAUGGGACAAGACUGUAACUACCAAUUGGAUAUCAUGAAAAACGGGUAAAAGUACAACAAAAUAAAACAGUUUGUGCCCAGUGGGAAUAGCCUAUUUCACUUCUGGAAAGCCAUAAUUCAUCAUUAGGCUUUGGUACUUACAUUUGCAAUGGCAAACUCGGGAAUAACCUCCAGAAUCUUAAAGUUUAGCACAAUCUGUCAGAUUUCCUUCUGUUCAAUGCUUAUUGAAUGAAAAAACUGCGUUUAGGCCUACGCAUUUUUAGAUCAUUUAUGUUAAAGCUACAAUCCUUAGUUGCUACAUCCAUUUUUGGACUUAUAUACCCAUUGAUUCUUGAAGAAUAUAACUUAUAAAUGCCUCAUGAGCUUAGUUCAAUUGUCGUACCCCAUCAGAACCAUAUAAGAUUGUUUUACCCCAAUGUUUGUAAAAAAAUUAAAUAAAUGUAAACAAACACUGUAUAGCCUCAACAUGGUUAAAACUAUCAUUUUGAUAUCAUGGUUAGUCAGUCCUUGAAUCCAUAUCUCUGUCUAUGGAUUUUAGUGGUUACAUUUCUCCAGGCCCAUUUGUUAGCUUUUCACCAAAACAGAGGUGGGGUGCCGCUUUGUUAUUGUUUCAACUGCAGAUUUUAGUUUUAAAGGUUAAAAAAUGACAAUUUUUAUUAAAAUAAAAAUAAAUUAUACAAUAGUUUGACAACUCUGUAAGCUUUCAAAUGAUAUCAAACUCAAUUGUUGAUGUUUUUCAGUGAUGAAGAUAUGGAUGUCUAAUCUCAUGCAAAAUGGGUCAACUUUGAGCGCCUUCAUGUCCAAAAAGUCACUUUCUGACCACUUCUACCAUGGGAAAACAUGAAUGGAAGGUUUCGUUCAAAUCAAAAGGGGUGCUGUCAAAAAGUGAUUGAAUUCAUGUAGAACAGCCCAGCUUACAAAAUGUAACCCUUAUUGUUUUUUUAUACAACGGGCGGUUCUAAUCCUGAAUGCUGAUUGGUUAAAACCGCAUUCCAGCCGGUGCCUAUUCCACAAGUUACCACCGGCUAAAUCUAUGACGUUAAAAUGCCUAUUUACUCUGUUCCAUCUGACUGCGCAAUCCUCUCUCGCAUCAGCCCUGUAAGACAAUUUAUAAACUUGAUCUCACUUGGCAGUGAUACUGGAAAACUUGCAGUUGAUUACAGGUAAAUGCACAUUGGAGUUCAAACUGUUUAGGUACAGAAGUACUGAUAAUGCAUACUUUGGUUGAGUGCAUCCAUUCAUAGCAGUCUCAGGCCCUUGCAUCGGGAGUAGAAUGUAUACCAUUCAUAGUCAAAUGAGAGGUAGUGUGAGCCUCAAAUCUUACCCCAGACCCAGAGCACAACUGCUGUAACCACUCUUGGGUAAGAGACUUACAAGAUCCUCUUUGUGUGCUGCAAGAAAGUGUGACUGAAUUUGUUUAUAAAACUGUACUAUGUGAAACAAAAUACAAACUAAUCUUCCUACAAAUUUGAACAGGCUUUCCUGCAUUGCACUAAUCUUUGUCAGUCGUACCCUAGACAACCUUUGACUGAAUAGGGUUCUACAUUUGGAUUUUCCAUGAGGUGGGUGCAGGUUUCCACACACAAUGGGCACAAUGGUAUUCUAUUAUUAGCUGGUCUGCAGAAUGGUAAAUCAAGAUAUUAUCUAAGCUCUUGAGUGUCUCACUUGUUUGGCUCCCCUGAGGUCCGGUGUUUCCAAGUGAGGGUUUACUGUCCUUAUAGACCUUGGACAUGGUAGAGUACAUGGUUACUGUGUAACAAUAUACCCUAGUGAUGUGUGAAUUAGAGACAACAUGUCAUCCUCAACAACAUCUAAACAUUUUCCCUUUUCUUGUUCAACCAGACACUGUUCUUUAAAAAAAAUCUUGACUAAUGAGUGUAUGACACAUCUUGACAACAACAGUUGAACCUAGUGAAGAAGAAGAUAGUUGCCUUAUCAGUUGUGUAAUUUUGCUAGUUAAACAUGGGUUGUUGGAAAGUAGACACAAAACAAGAAGUACAGCUAUUAUUUGAAGAACAAUGACCCUGCAUUGUUAAACUGUAAAAUUGAUGAGGGAAAUAUAACUUAGCAUGUCUGUUUGUUCCUCUUGGGAGCCCAAUGUUGGCCCAACAUCUUGUGUUUCUUUAUAUAGGUCGAGAUCCUGGAAGAUCAUUGUUAGCCCUGGUAGAAUUCAUAAAUAUGGUGCUAAGGCUAAAUCUAUUUCAGGCUGUUCCAUCAUGUGGUUAUGUGAACUAAGAACUGAUUUGGACUCAACUUCCAAGGACCUCCUACCUACAAGUGAGGUAUUAGCCAGGGUUAGCACCAAAAGGUAACACCAGUUAAAUGGGAGACACGAUAAUUUUGUGGAAACAACGCAAUUAUUUAGCAGGGUCAGGGGUGAUACAGAUAGGGGUAAAUAAUAGAUUAGUUGAUAGGCUAGACUCUGUUAUCUGGUUCCAAAUACCAUUGAUUACCAUUGUUAAACUCAUCCCACACCUGAGGUUACGGAGUGCCUUUGCAACUGUUACCACAGUGACCAGUAAGCAAGCACACACACACACACACACACACACAAUCUUCCUGCUGCUAUAUUUAGAGCUAUUUAUAAAUUCAUUAGGCGAUUAGUCAAAAGUACUGCUCCACGGCUGUGGUGGAGAUUUUCAAUUACAUUUCCCAUUGUCCCCAAUGCUAUGUCAAAAUGUAAACAUUUGAGCGACUGGGUUGUGUUUGCUUUCACCCAGUACUGUUUUUCUGCUCCCAGAGUAAUGCUCAGCACAGUGGGGGUUGGGAACGGGGGAGGGUUGCUGCUGCUACGUUGAUUCAAUAGUAAAGUCACGUGAGCCUGGCCAUAUGGCCUGGACCCAGGCCGCAGUUUAAAAACAUUGGGAGCUGACCGGCGGUGGCGGCUCGCAAGCUUAUCCCAAUCUGCCAACAUUUAUUAAAGAUCCACUCAACCACAAGUCAAGGGUUAGUGCUAAUAUCUUUUUUGAAACGCGUAAUGGAGAAAAUGAUACCGCUUUAACUGAAAAGGUCCCCGUUUCAAGAGGAAACGCAACAGUUCUUUGAAGUUGGACUCCGUAGGAUGGCUUUGCCCCGAUGAUGCAUGUAUCGACAGAUGCUCAUUUGUUGGAUGCUGUUAUUGGCAUGAAUAAUCAAUGACUCCAGUGGGGUUGGAUUACUCCUGUAGCUUGUAACUGCCGUCACAGCAAACUUCAUCUCUAGUCACUCUCUAUUCCAAUUAAUUAGCUUUCCAUUUGUGUCCGUCAUGGUAUAUCAACAAUUCAAUCAACCUGUUUAACAAAAUGUAAUGGUCAGUUGGUCCCAUAACAACUUGUGUGUAUCAUUUCAACUUGUUCUCCUCCCAUGCCUACUUUUGAGCGCUCUAGUAUUUUUAUCACCACAGCACAAUAAUUCACCAAGAGUGAAUGUCACAAAAAAGGUUAUUUAGAUUUCCUCAAGGCAUCUCACACAAGUUGUUUUUUGGGGAGAAAUUUGCAGGCGCAAGAAGGGCUUUGUCAGUAAUUAGAUUUCGGAUUAAGACCACCAUCCACGAUUAAUUCAGUCUAUCCCUAUCAACAGUGAGUUGUUAUGAAAUACAGAACCUUUUAGUUGACAUUUGUUAAAGGAAGGUCAUAUAGAGCCUCUAGUCCGAGUCAUCGUGGUCAAAUGCCCGAAGCCUAUGUUUAUCUCACCUAAUAACAGAGGAACAAUUUGCAAUUACAGCAAACCUUUCCGAAGAUCUCAUAGCACUUAGCUCAUCACCUUAUCCUCCACCAAUUAGACUCCCUAUUGCUAAUGAGGUUUAUACUCAGUCAUACUGAUGCGCCAUUAAUGAGAAGUUUAGCCUAAUCGAUCUCAUUAGAUGCCCCACACUGUGAAACAUUUUUUAUUUAUUUUUUUUACCACAGACUAGACCUCGCAGGCCAAUGUCUGAUAGGAGUAGGGUUAAGUUGCCCCAGAUACUCAUCAUGGGUCAGUUUAGCAUUUUUAGGAUUGGGGGAGGGGAAGCUGAUCCUAGAUAUGUACUUAGGGGAAACUUCACCCCGGAGCUGUCUGAUCUGUCUGAAUAGAAGGGCAGUGUUGUGUUAUUAGGGCUGCUCCCACACGCAAAGUCAAAGUGCUCUGCCUUUCCCCUGCUGUGUGAAUCAGGGGAAUUGUAUUCAAUCAAGCCGCCUGCCAUAACAGUGUUUUUAUAUAGAAUCUAUCCAUAGAAUUAGAAUUGAUUGUUUUCAAUUCUAUGUGGGCUUUGUUUAUCCAACUACUGCCUAUGCACACGUCUUAUUCUGAUAACUGGAAUUAUCUGUAUGUGGAGGCUACCUGGAAUACAGUGUAGCCUAUAGGACAACUUCUCUCAAAGGCAGUAAAGUAUUCUAUUCUACUUCUGGUUCUCCAAGAUAUGCAGUGGGGUCUAAAAUUAUUGACACCCUUGAUAAAGAUGAGCAAUAAUGACUGUAUAAAAUAAAUAAUUCAAAUACUGAGCUAUAUUGUAUGCUAAAAAAAAUUGGGAAAUUAUAUACUAAUACAAUUGCUUAGAGAAAGAGAUUUUGUUUAACAAGUUAUAUAUUUUUUUCCCUCAAAGGUAGGGUUCAAAAUGAUUGACACCCCUAAAGAUUCUUAUAAAUAAAGUAGUGAAAAGUUUAGUAUAUGGUCCCAUAUUCCUAGCACGCAAUGACUACAUCAAGCUUGUGACUACAAACUUGUUGGAUGCAUUUGCAGUUCGUUUUGGUUGUGUUUCAGAUUAGUUUGUUCCCAAUAGAAAUGAAUGAUAAAUUAUGUAUUGAGUCACUUUUAUUAUAAAUAAGAAUAUAAUAUGUUUCUAAACACUACUGCAUUAAUAUGUAUGCUACUAUGAUUACGGAUAAUCCUGAAUAAAUCCUGAAUAAUUAGUGAGAAAAUUAGAGGGUCAAAGAUCAUACCUUCAAGACAUGCUAACCUUUACCAAUAACAGGGGAGGUUACCAUGUGUUGGGGGCAUGAUCUUUGGCCCUCUGUAACUUUCUCACUCAUCAUUAUUCACAAUUCAUUCAGAAUUAUUCGUAAAUCAUGGUAGCGUCCACACUAAUGUAGAAGUGUUUAGAAACAUAUUAUAUUGUUAUUUACAAUAAAAGUGACUCCAAAAUAACACAAUACAUUAUUUACCAUUCAUUUCUGUUGGCCACAAAAUAAUCUGAAACACAACCAAAACUAACUGCAAAUACAUCCAUAGGAAUAUGGGACCAAAUACUACACUUCUGACUACUUUAUUUAUAAGAAUCUUUAGGGGUGUCAAUCAUUUUAACCCGUACCUUUUUGAGAUGUUUUUUAUAUUACUUGCUAAACAAAAUCUCUUUCUCUAAGCAAAUGUAUACAAUUAUAUCAUUUCGCAAUUUGAAUGAUUUCUUUUAUACAGUCAUUAUUGCUAAUCCUUAUCAAGGGUGUUAAUAAUUUCGGACCCCACUGUACAUGCAGUACGAGAACGUCGACGGUGGGGGAUAGCACAAGGACAUCAUCAUUGGCGACCCAUAAAAAAAAAAGAAGCCACAUUUCCAUAAGAACUGAUUAUUCUCUGAGGGGAAAAGAACAUUUUACAUUUUACAUUUUAGUCAUUUAGCAGACGCUCUUAACCAGAGCGACUUACAGGAGCAAUUAGGGUUAAGUGCCUUGCUCAAGGGCACAUUAACGUCAUUUAGCAGACGCUCUUAGCCAGAGCGACUCACAAAUUGGUGCGUUCACCCUAUAGCCAGUGGGAUAACCACUUUACAAUUUGGGGGGGUUAGAAGGAAUACUUUAGCCUAUCCCAGGUAUUCCUUAAAGAGGUGGGGUUUCAAAUGUCUCCGGAAGGUGGUGAGUGACUCCGCUGUCCUGGCGUCGUGAGGGAGCUUGUUCCACCAUUGGGGUGCCAGAGCAGCGAACAGUUUUGACUGGGCUGAGCGGGAGCUGUGCUUCCGCAGAGGAAGGGGAGCCAGCAGGCCAGAGGUGGAUGAACGCAAUGUCCUCGUUUGGGUGUAGGGACUGAUCAGAGCCUGAAGGUACAGGGGUGCCGUUCCCCUCACUGCUCCAAAGGCAAGCACCAUGGUCUUGUAGCGGAUGCGAGCUUCAAUUGGAAGCCAGAACAUUCCCCUAUUCUGAUAAAGGCUUGGUCAUCCACUGCAAGAGUGCAUCCAAAAUGGUAACCUUUUCCCUACAUAGUGCACUACUUUUGACCAGAUCCCUAUGGGUCCGGAUCAAAAGUAUUGCACUACAUAGGGAAUAGGGUUCAAUUUGGGACGCAGGCCAAGAGCCAGCAAUGAUAGAUCUCCUAUACAUUUGUGUAUGGAAAUACAAGUGUGCUACUUUGCAUGUAAUUUGAUGUUCGGUCGAUUUGUAUUCGACAGGUCGUACAAAAGCACAAUGUAUGUCUUUACAUGCCAUGCAUUCAGUGAGUGGUGCCAAGCAAACAGGGACAUGCCAGGGAAUUAGCAAAUGCCUCCAAUGUCCGCGUCCCCUUUGAAAAAGGGGGGGGGGGUUCAAGCAUGGGCUUCCUUAAGUGUAUUUAGUCAAAAAUGUACCUAUUACCAUUCAAUAAAUGAAUACAUUAGUGUAAGUGUGGUUUAGUUGAUGAACAGCGUUAGUUUAAAUACAUUUUCUGUUGAGAAGUGUGCUGUAUACAGAGAAACAAGCUGGGGUCCACAUAUCUUUUUAAGCAGCUUUACAAGAUACAAAUAGGACUCAAAUCAGCUAUAUACUGUUAAAGAGUGACUGCCUUUAAAAAGCAACAAAUCCCCUUGAAAAUGGCCUAUGUGGCAUUGAUAGGAAUCAGAAACAGUUAUUCUAGUGUCAAAAUUGACUACAAAGUGUAAAUAGGAUAAUUUUGGUCAUAAAGUCAGUCUCGCCUAAAACUGAGUUUGGAACAUCUGUGUGUCACAACAGGUAAAUGAAGGUUGGGUUUUGAUUUGACGAUGUACAUUUGCCCACUAACAUGGGGUGAACAGCUGCAGUGAUAGCUCUCUAUCCAGUAGCAUAUACAGUGAGACAGACUGCCCAGCAGACUUUGUUUACAUAAGACAACACGUCGCAAAUGUUUUUACUUGAGAAAUACUGCACCAAACACCUUAGUUAGAUGUAAAAUUGCGCAGCUAAAACAUCCUCAGCAAAAACGUAAAAAUGGAUGACAGAUUUCUUGAGUUAUCCCCGAUUCAUUCUGGGGAUUUUGAGGAAGUGAAAUGGGGGACAAACAUCAUUAACCAAAUGUGGAAUCAGUCAGGAAACACAGCUCCAAGACUGAAAUCCUGUUUUUCUAAUGAGCAACAGAAAAACACACUUGUCAAUAGGCGUGUUCAGUGGCUCUUUAAAGACGGACUCAGAGUGUUGUAGGUAGACUUAGCAAAAUUACAUUGUCAUGCAAAGUGGGGCGACUUCCUGUUUUAAAGAAAUCAACAACAACAAACUUAGAAUUUGCCUCUAUUUGCCACUCUCCAAUGUGGGCAUGUCUCAAGGGAGGCCGAAUGUUGGCAAUUAGUAGUAUUUUUGCUGAUAUUAAUUAUCUUGUUGUCUGCAAGCAGGAAGUUGCUUGGCUUUGCAUGAUGAUGUCAUAUGGCAGAAUCUACCUUUAAGAGGGCACAUGGCCAUGAUGUUAUCCUAGCUCCAAUUGCCAGUCUGUGGUUUUCUUGUACUCCUAGCGUGACUAGGACAGAAAGGCAGUCAGUCAUAUCGCCAGCUGUAGUCUGAUCCAGUGCCCAGAUUGAGAGCAUUUAGGCAAAAAAAGCCUAUUUUUAAACCCUUAGUGCACAGCUGCUUCAAACCGGAUACUUGAAUUGGUGCGUGGAGUGUCAGCCGGCAAGCUUGUGCCUCGAUUUCACAAAUGUCGGAUCAGUCGGCAUUGCGAGUGGUUUAGCAUUGUUACGUGUCUCUCAGCCACUUCUGUUAAAUACCAGAUGUUGUGGCGGAUGUGGAAGGCUUUAUUAUUUUAUACUGUUGCCUCGACAUAAUUAUGUUUCUCUCCAUAAUCCACCUGUGCUUGACAUCAUAGAUUUAUCAUGAAUGGUUUCAGGCUUGAAAACCUUCCAUAGAUUUCAGGAAAUUGUUAGACAGCUCAGUUUGACAAAGAAUUUGAAAACCACUCAGAUCAAUAGCUUAGUAAGAUCUAAGUCUCCUGAUUUUAUAGUGGCAUCUCCAAAUUAUAACGGGUUUUAAGCAGAGGUUUUCUGAAUGGCAGGUUCUGUCGGUUGUUAGUGGGAACGAAGUGCUGCAGUCUACAGGACAGCUUCCAUGUUACUCUCUGUGUGUGUCCCAAAUGGCACCCUAUGGGCCCUGGUCAAAUGCAAUGCACUAUGUACUGUAGGGAAAAGGGUGCCAUUUGGGGCACAUCUUCAGUCUAAAGCCCAUCUGUUACCUCAUUGGUAUAGCUCUAACAGGCCACAUGCCAGACCACCUCUACGAAGCAACAAGCCAAUGAUUGCUUUUUGCAUCCUCUAUACCUUUGGGCAGCGGAAUGUGUUUGGCUUGGCCUGCUAUUUAUGAUGCGAAGAAAUUGCUGACUUGCACUUGGCUCUAUAACCCUUUAUUGUCCCCCAUAUACAGUUGUCACCGUGGUCUGCUGCAGCGUUUGCGCAUUUGAAAUGAAACUGUUGACCUCCUGUAGAAUCUAGUGAAAGGUCAAAUUCACAGAACCUGCCCCCUUUUCUCGAGGACCGGUGUCCUUGAAAGUGUUGUCUCGUCAUCAUGUUUUCGUUUUCAAAGAUUGGGGCUUGGCUCUAUUGGAAUUUGAGACCCAGUUUUCUCUUUUUGAAAAGGUGUUCAGAACUGCAUUCACCCCUUCACAAUUCCAGAGGGGAUUCUGGAGUAGGUACCAGACUGUCCCCAUUCUGUCUUUGGGCUGGCUCAGUCCAGAUGGCGAAAUAACACCAUUAUUAUUCGUGGAAUUCCCUAUGGUAAUUUCUUUGUAAAAGGACCCAUAAGCACCAACGUGAAGUUCAUAGGACCAUGUCAAAUUGGGUGACAAAUGAAAGCUACGAGUCUAUAUUUUUGAGAGAUUAAGGCAUACAGUGCCUUUUGGAAAGUAUUCAGACCCCUUGACUUUUUCCACAUUUUGUUACGUUACAGCCUUAUUCUAAAAUUGAUUAAAGAAAAAAAAAUCCUCAGCAAUCUACACACAAUACCCCGUAAUGACAAAGCGAAAACAGGUUUUUAGAAAUUUCUGCAAAUGUAUUAAAAAUAAACAACUGAAAUACCUUAUUUACAUAAGUAUUCAGACCCUUUGCUAUAGAACUCGAAAUUGAGCUCAGGCAUCCUGUUUCCAUUGAUCAUCCUUGAGAUGUUUCUACAACUUGAUUUGGCGUCCACCUGUGGUAAAUUCAAUUGAUUGGACAUGAUUUGGAAAGGCACACACCUGUCUAUAUAAGGUCCCACAGCUGACAGUGCAUGUCAGAGCAAAAACCAAGCCAUGAGGUCGAAGGAAUUGUCCGUAGAGCUCCGAGACAGGAUUGUGUCGAGGCACAGAUCUGGGGAAGGGUAUGAAAACAUUUCUGCAGCAUUGGAAGUCCCCAAGAACACAGUGGCCUCCAUCAUUCUUAAAUGGAAGAAAUUUCGAACCACCAAGACUCUUCCUAGAGCUGGCCGCCCGGCCAAACUGAGCAAUCGGGGGAGAAGGGCCUUGGUCAGGGAGGUGACCAAGAACCCGAUGGUCACUCUGACAGAGCUCUAGAGUUCCUCUGUGGAGAUGGGAGAACAUUCCAGAAGGACAACCAUCUCUGCAGCACCACGAAUCAGGCCUUUAUGGUAGAGUGGCCAGACAGAAGCCACUCCUCAGUAAAAGGCACAUGACAGCCUGCUUGGAAUUUGCCAAAAGGCACCUUUAGACUCUCAGACCAUGAGAAACAAGAUUCUCUGGUAUGAUGAAACCAAGAUUGAACUCUUUGGCCUGAAUGCCAAGCGUCACGUCUGGAGGAAACCCGGCACCAUCCCUACGGUGAAGCAUGGUGGUGGCAGCAUCAUGCUGUGGGGAUGUUUUUCAGCGGCAGGGACUGGGAGACUAGUCAGGAUUGAUGGAAAGAUGAAUGUAGCAAAGUACAGAGAGAUCCUUAAUGAAAACCUGCUCCAGAGCGCUCAAGACCUCAGACUGGGGCGAUGGUUCACCUUCCAACAGGACAACGACCUUAAGCACACAGCCAAGACAACACAGGAGUGGCUUCGGGACAAGUCUCAAUGUCCUUGAGUGACCCAGCCAGAGCCCGGACUUGAACCCAAAAGAACAUCUCUGGAGAGACCUGAAAAAGCUGUGCAGAGACGCUCCCCAUCCAACCUGACAGAGCUUGAGAGGAUCUGCAGAGAAGAAUGGGAGAAACGACCCCAAAUACAGAUGUGCCAAGCUUGUAGCGUCAUACGCAAGAAGACUCGAGACUGUAAUCGCUGCCAAAGGUGCUUCAACAAAGAACUGAGUAAAGGGUCUGAAUACUUAUGUAAAUGUGAUAUUUCAGUUUUUUUUUUUUUUUUAUAAAUUAGCACACAUUUCUAAAAACCUGUUUUUGCUUUGUCAUUAUGGGGUAAUGUGUAUAGAUUGAUGAGGGGGAAAAAACAAUUGAAUCAAUUUUAGAAUAAGGCUGUAACAUAACAAAAUGUGGAAAAAGUCAAGGGGUCUAAAUACUUUCCGAAGGCAAGUAUUUUCCAUUCUCAAAAUUAGGAAUAAGCAAAGGCUUUGAUUUAUUGUCAAACAGGGGGUCUUAGAAUACAUCUACCAGAAAAAGUCUUACGGUAGUACAAAUUCAUCUAAACACAAUAAUGUUGAAUUAGACGCCUGCCAACUAAUAUCAACACUUAUAUUUAUACUGAACAAAAAUAUAAACGCAACAAUUUCAAGGAUUCUACUGAGUUAAAGUUCAUAAAGGGAAAUCAGUCAAUUGAAAUAAAUUCAUUAGGCCCUAAUCUAUGGAUUUCACAUGACUGGGCAGGGGCACAGCCAUGGGUGGUCCUGGGAGGGCAUAGGCCCACCCACUGGGGAGCGAAGCCCAGCAAAUCACAAUGAGUUUUUCCCCAUAAAAGGGCUUUAUUACAGACAGAAAUACUCCACAAAAGGGCUUUAUUACAGACAGAAAUACUCCUCAGUUUCAUCCGCUGUCCUGGUGGCUGGUCUCAGAUGAUCCUGCAGGUGAAGAAGCCAGAUGUGGAGUUCCUGGGCUGGCAUGGUUACACGUGGUCUGCAGUUGUGUGGCCAGUUGGACGUACUGCCAAAUUCUCUAAAACGACUUUGGAAGCGGCUUAUGGUAGACAAAUGAACAUUCAAUUAUCUGGCAACAGCUCUGGUGGACAUUCCUGAAGUCAGCAUGCCAAUUGUAUGCUCCCUCAAAAUCGGGACAUCUGUGGCAUUGUGUUGUGUGACAAAACUGCACAUUUAAGAGUGGCCUUUUAUUGUCCCCAGCACAAGGUGCACCUUUGUAAUGAUCAUGCUGUUUAAUCAGCUUCUUGAUAUGCCACACCUGUCAGGUGGAUGGAUUAUCUUGGCAAAGGAGAAAUGCUCAGUAACAGGGAUGUAAACAAAUUUGUGCACAAAAUUAGAGAGACAUUUUUUUUUUGUGCAUAUGGAAAAUUUCUGGGAUCUUUUUUUUCUGCUCAUAAACAUGGGCCCAACACUUUACAUGUUGCGUUUAUUUUUGUUCAGUAUAGUUUAGGAUUACCUUUUCUGCCUUCUGUAAGUUUAAGAAGCAUUACGAUGUGUGUUAAAAUUCUGUUACCAAAAGUCCACAUAUCUUUAAGAUAUUUUCUAAUUUCUCUCCCUCAUGAGCAGGGCCGGAUUAAGAAAUCAUAGGCCCCGAGCUUUGUUUUUUUUAUAGGCCCUGCCAGUUAGUUAUAGUGUUUAGAUUUUUUAAAAUGAAUUCUUAUGUGAUUAAAACUAAAAUCUGUUACCAGAUCGGUAACAGAAUUUCCAAAAAAUUGGUAGCAGAGUUUUUGCUAUUUAAUUGGCUACAAUGGGAAAUCAUAGUAGUCACAAACAACAGUUGGGUCGCCUGCUACUAUUCUCCCUUUCACUGACAUACUAUUAUGUUCAGCUGAUAAAUGUUUUCCUUUCUCUUUCUGUCAUCUGGUGGUCAAAGCAAGAGUGUGAAAAGUCUGGACAACCUCUCAAUUCUCUCUCUCCAUCUCUAAUUAAUGUCACCUCCUGACUCUUACUGACACCUACCCAUGAGCCCCCUCUCUUUCAAAUUUUUAUUUGGUCAGUCUGCCCUGGCCUUGAUUUCAACGUCCACAGACGUCGUUUCUUGGUCCAGACCAGCCUUGAUUUCAACGUCCACAGACAUCUGGACCGGCCCAAACAUAGACGUCCACGAUUGGUUCAUAUUUGGUCCGGUCCGGACGCCUAUGUUUCAUAAGUUUGGAAAGCACAGUACAGUAAACAAAAGUAGAGUAUAGUUCAGUAUAGUAAAGAAAAGUAGAAUAGAGUUCAGUAAAGUCCUGUAGAGUACAUUACACUGUAAUGUACUAUACUCUGCUGAACUCUACUGUACUGAACUGAACUAUACUCUACUUGACUGUACUGUACUGAACUCUACUGUACUGAACUAUACUCUACUGUUCUGUGACGUAUUGUUCUCUACAAGGCUCUACUGUGCUGUAAUUUGAUGUUCAAACUUGUGAAAAAUAGACGUCUAUGAUUGGUUCAGAUUUUGGUCCGGUCUGGACCAACCAAAUUUGGUCUUGUUUGGUGGUGGAGCUAAUUAAAAUAAUAGCCAGUGUGUAGAAUAAUACCCAAAUAUGCAAAGGACAACCUUUUUGUGAAUGACAUUCAUAUCCAAAAUUAUGCAUUUCUGUGUAGUACAAAUCAAGGACCAUUGAUUAAAUUCUAUUGGCACAAUUCUGUUACCGGGUAUAAAUCCACUUCACUUAGUGUAGUUUAAUAACCAAAAUAUAUUUUUUUUAAACUCAAGGUGUGAUGUCAUAGCUGACACCCCAUUCUUUCUACAGACUUCUUUGAAUAUGAAUUCGAAGCAGAUUUUUAAGUGUUUGGAAAACGUGGUUCACAUAAAACUGAGGGAGAUUUAACCGAAAUUCUGUUACCAAACUUUGCAUCUGCACAGUUCUUCCAGUAAAUGUUUUUUUGUAAAAUGUUCAGUGUAAAAUCUUAAAUGUAGUCCUUGUGCAUUUACUGGUUUGUUAAACUUUUUAAAUCAAUGUUUUUUGUUUGGCAUACAUUUUAAGUGAAAAAUCUGAGUCUCAGCGCAAUUCCGUUACAGUGGAAUUGCCCCUAUUAGAAAAAAGACCACACUGACAAAUGACUUCCCCGUAAGAUAUUUGGAUCCAAAAUAGACAUUGACCAUCUGUUUCGAAGAGAGCAGGGACCUAAUGUGCUUCUAAUUAUUUUCUCACUAUUUUUGCGAGAAAAGUCCCCCACUGCGAUGGGUUUCUCUGAAUUGGCUCAGUCUUUGUCUGGAGUUGGACCCUGAUGUUCUAUAACAGGGUUUCUCAGUCCAGAAUACUGUACACAGCACCAAUGUCAAGUAACACUGUUCUAAUGGUCUGUUUUUCACUGUCUGUGUCUUAGAUGUUCCUCACCGUGUACCUCAGCAACAACAACCAGCAUUUCACAGAGGUGCCCGUUACCCCGGAAACGCUGUGUCGGGAUGUGGUGGAGCUGUGCAAGGAGCCGGGGGAGGGAGAAUGCUACCUAGCCGAGAUGUGGCGAGGCUCAGGUGAGUUUCAUUACGGUUCUCACUCAGUCUUCUCAAUUCUAUGCCUUUUAAACUUAUCGUAGAGUGCCAACUUCUUACUAAGGAUCAAGUUUAUUGGACAGAGACAGUAAAAAGAGACAGUAAAGUAAGGAGGAGAGGUGUGCUAGAAGGGCAUGGGCCAGAUUCAAACCAAUGCCAACACCGUAGUCAUGUGUGAGGCUGUGGAAUUACUGCUAGGCCAGCCAGGACACUUCCUGGCUAACUUUUAACGGCAGUGUUUACUCUAGGUUUAUGUUAUGCAGGGCUGCACUCAUCAAAGUGUUGAACUGAAUGAAACCAAUCGAAGGCCGGAGUUUUCAGUGGUGGGUAGGAGGAACCAAAAAAAUCUUGUUCAAUGUCAACUUUGGCCCAGUUCCAUUUCGCUCCCUAGCCCCUACUACUUCGGCGUUCACUAAUCUGAAAGGUGACGUAAUGGGUGAAAGCAGUACCGCUAUCCCGUCAGAUGUGAACACCUGAAGGGUAAAGGUUGAGGUAAGGGACCAAAAUGGAACCUGGCCUUGGACUCAAGAACUGCUUACUCAGGCAUCUUUCUUUGUCACACCAGAGCGCGCCAUUGGUGACGGAGAGCGAAUGCUGGACGUGCUCCAGCGCUGGGAACAGCAGAGGGGGGAGGUGCGCUUCCUUCUGCGCCACGACCGGGCACCCUGCCGAGAGUCGGGUGAGAGCCACAAACACACAUCCCCCACCAGUACCCUGGAUGGUAAAUAGUGUGGUAACUGAAUGUGUCAAGCGUAGCCUGAAAAUGGAGACGCCUGGGUAGGCAGGUGUGUUUACUGGCCGUUAUGUGUGUGGUGUACACAAUGUUCUAUUCGUCCUAUAUUCCAUUACAGUUGAGCCAAAGUCAAUACAGCCAGCUACUAUUCUAACUGGGAGACACACUUCAUAGUCCCCAUUGUUGGGAUGAUGAAUUUCAAUACAAUUACCAUAUUAGAGUUGCUACAUGGCCAUUUUUCUUUUCUUAAAAUCAAUUAAAUAAUUUUGCUUUGUAUUCCAAGAUUGCGUAGCAGUGCGGUCGUGUUCUCUUGUGUGUCCAUGUAAAUAGCCUGUUUUUUGUAUUUUAUUUUGAAUUUUACGUAUAUAUUUCCCUAUCACACUUUUCAUCCUUCUACUAAAUAUACUUUCCUGCAACCCGCCUCACUCAAUGUGGAACGGAUUCUAUUAUUUACUCACCUUUAUCUAGAAUCUCCAGUUGAAACUAGCCAGCCAGCUAACUAGCUACUUGCUAUUAGCCACCGUUAGCAGUUUUCACCCAGAACAUCAGAUUUUCUGCCAGAAUAACUGAAUCACUGGACCUUAACACCGGAUCGCAACUAGCUAGCCGCAACCGAAUGGAUGUCGAAUGGAUGUUGCUGUAGGCUAAUCACCACUGCCCCCGAAGCAAGCAUCAGUUAGCCUCGAGCAGGCCCAUAUCCCGGCUAUCUACCUCUCUGUCUACCGGAGGGGAGUAGCCAGCUAACCAGCUAACUAGCUACUUGCUAUUAGCCACCGUUAGCGGUUUUUCACCAUUGUCCGUGGCCUGCACUACCUACCAGCCAGCUCUAGCCUGGACUAUUAUCGGCCAGUCUGCACUGUCUGCACAGCGCGUUAUCGACCCAGAACCUAUCGGAUUUUCUGCCGGAAUCACUGAAUCACUGGACCUUUAACACUGGAUAAUCGCAACUAGCUAGCUGCAACCAAAUGAACGUUGUUGUUGGCUAAUCAGCCUUGAGCUAGCCUUGAGUCAGGCACAUUUCCCGGCUAUCUACCUCUCUGUCAACCGGACGGGACCUCCUAGAGUCGACACGAAGCCCCGCCGAUCCAUCAUGACUGGUCUGCCGACGUAAUCGUCUGUGGUUUCAACAGGCUUCCCGUUGCGACGACCACGAAGAUCCAUCUGCUAGCCCCGGCCCGCUAGCACACGGAAAUGACAGCCGUGCUUCCUGAUCGCUGUGCUGUAGUACCAAUUCGAACUGCUCUCGGACUCACAUAUUGCUGUUCACUGGACCUUAUGAUCACUCAGUUGCACAGCUGAUGCCUGCUGGACUGUUCCUUUACACGGUACCCUGUCCUGUUUAGCCUCAGCCCAAACUUUAUCGCCAUUACCAGUUGUUGUCUUAGCUCUCUCUAAUAACACCUGUGAUUGCUUUAUGCCUCUCUCCCAUGUCAAUAUGCCUUGCCUAUUGCUGUUCCAGUUCAUUCUUAUUGUACAAUUUCACUGUAGAACCCCAAGUCCCUCUCAAACUGCCUCAAAUAGUUCCUUUGUUCCACCCCCCAUACACGCCGAGACCGGCUCAAUCGGUGCCUCCAGUGAUGCUAUCUCUUUCAUUGUUACCCAACGCUUAGGUUUACCUCCACUGUACUCAUAUCCUUCCAUAUCCUUGUCUGUACAUAAUGCCCUGAAUCUAUUCUACAACGCCCGGAAAUCUGCCCCCUUUAUUCUCUGUACCCAACGCACUAGAAGACCAGUUCUUAAAGCCUUUAGCCGUAUCCUUAUUCUAGUCCUCCUCUGUUCCUCUGGUGAUGUAGAGGCUAACCCAGGCCCUGCAGCCCCCAGUAUCACUCCUACUCCCCAGGAGCUAUCAUUUGUUGACUUCUGUAACCGUAAAUGCCUUGGUUGUCUGCACGUUAACAUCAGAAGCCUCCUUCCUAAGUUUGAGUUAUUCACUGCGUUAGCACACUCCGCCAACCCUGAUGUUCUAGCAGUGUCUGAAUCCUGGCUUAGGAAGGCCACCAAAAAUUCAGAAAUGUCCAUCCCCAACUACAACAUUUUCCGUCUAGAUAGAACUGCCAAAGGGGGUGGAGUUGCAAUCUACUGUAGAGAGAGCCUGCAGAGCUCUAUCAUACUAUCCAGGUCUGUGCCCAAACAGUUUGAGCUUCUACUUCUAAAAAUCCACCUUUCCAGAAAUAAGUCUCUCACUGUUGCUGCUUGCUACAGACCCCCCUCAGCCCCCAGCUGUGCCCUGGACACCAUAUGUGAAUUGAUUGCCCCCCAUUUAUCCUCAGAGUUCGUACUGCUUGGUGACCUAAAUUGGGAUAUGCUUAACACCCCGGCCAUCCUACAAUCCAAACUAGAUGCCCUCAAUCUCACACAAAUUAUCAACGAACCUACCAGGUACAACCCUAAAUCCGUAAACAUGGGCACCCUCAUAGAUAUCAUCCUGACUAACUUACCCUCUAAAUACACCUCCGCUGUCUUCAACCAGGAUCUCAGCGAUCACUGCCUUAUUGCCUGCGUCCGUAACGGUUCACUGUCAAACGCUCCCUAAAACACUUUAGCGAGCAGGCCUUCCUAAUUGACCUGGCCCAGGUAUCCUGGAUGGAUAUUGAUUCAUUCCAUCAGUAGAGGAUGCCUGGUUGUUCUUUAAAAGUAAUUUCCUCUCAAUCUUAAAUAAACAUGCCCCAUUCAAAAAAUACAGAACUAAGAACAGAUAUAGCCCCUGGUUCUCCUCAGACUUGACUGCCCGUGACCAGCACAAAAAUAUCCUGUGGCGUACUGCAUUAGCAUCGAAUAGCCCCCGCGAUAUGCAACUUUUCAGGGAAGUUAGGAACCAAUAUACACAAGCAGUUAGGAAAGCAAAGGCUAGCUUUUUCAAACAGAAAUUUGCAUCCUGUAGCACUAACUCCAAAAGUUCAUAGAGAAUAAGAGCACCUCCUCCCAGCUGCCCACUGCACUGAGGCUAGGAAACACUAUCACCACCGAUAAAUCUACAAUAAUCGAGAAUUUCAACAAGAAUUUUGCUACGGCUGGCCAUGCUUUCCACCUGGCUACCUCUACCCCGGCCACCAGCUUUGCACCCUCCGCUGCAACUUGCCCAUGCCCCCCCGCUUCUCCUUCACACAAAUUCAGACAGCUGAUGUUCUGAAAGAGCUGCAAAAUCUGGACCCCUACAAAUAAUCUGGGCUAGACAAUCUGGACCCUUUCUUUCUAAAAAUAGCCGCCGAAAUUGUCGCAACCCCAUAUUACUACCCUGUUCAACCUCUCUUUCGUAACGUCUGAGAUCCCUAGAGAUUGGAAAGCUGCCGCGGUCAUCCCCCUCUUCAAAGGGGGUGACACUCUAGAUCCAAACUGUUACAGACCUAUAUCCAUCCUGCCCUGCCUUUCGAAAGUUUUUGAAAGCCAAGUUAACAAACAGAUCACCGACUAUUUCGAAUCCCACCGUACCUUCUCCGCUAUGCAAUCCGGUUUCCGAGCUGGUCAUGGGUGCACCUCAGCCACGCUCAAGGUGCUAAACGAUAUUAUAACCGCGAUCGAUAAUAGACAGUACUGUGCAGCCGUCUUCAUCGACCUGGCCAAGGCUUUCGACUCUGUCAACCACCGCAUUCUUAUUGGCAGACUAAAUAGCCUUGGUUUCUCAAAUGACUGCCUCGCCUGGUUCACCAACUACUUCUCAAAUAGAGUUCAAUGUGUCAAAUCGGAGGGCCUGUUGUCUGGACCUAUGGCAGUCUCUAUGGGGGUGCCACAGGGUUCAAUUCUUGGGCCAACUCUUUUCUCCGUGUAUAUCAAUGAUGUCACUCUUGCUGCUGGUGACUCUUAGAUCCACCUCUACGCAGACGACACCAUUUUGUAUACAUUUGGCCCUUCAUUGGACACUGUGUUAACAAACCUCCAAACGAGCUUCAAUGCCAUACAACACUCCUUCAGUAGCCUCCAACUGCUCUUAAACACUAGUAAAACUAAAUGCAUGCUCUUCAAUCGAACGCUGCUGGCACCCGCCCACCCAACUAGAAUCACUACUCUCGACGGGUCUGACCUAGAGUAUGUGGACAACUACAAAUACCUAGGUGUCUGGUUAGACUGUAAACUCUCCUUCCAGACUCACAUUAAGCAUCUCCAAUCCAAAGUAAAAUCUAGAAUCGGCUUCCUAUUUCGCAACAAAGCCUCCUUCACUCAUGCUGCCAAACAUGCCCUCGUAAAACUGACUAUCCUACCGAUCCUUGACUUCGGCGAUGUCAUUUACAAAAUAGCCUCCAACACUCUACUCAGCAAAUUGGAUGUAGUCUAUCACAGUGCCAUCCGUUUUGUCACCAAAGCCCCAUAUACUACCCACCACUGUGACCUGUACGCUCUUGUUGGCUGGUCCUCGCUACAUAUUCGUCACCAAACCCACUGGCUCCAGGCCAUCUAUAAAUCACUGCUAGGCAAAUCCCAGCCUUAUUUUAGCUCAUUGGUCACCAUAGCAACACCCACCCGUAAUAUGCGCUCCAGGAGGUAUAUCUCACUGGUCAUCCCCAAAGCCAACACCUCCUUUGGCCGCCAUUCCUUCCAGUUCUCUGCUGCCAAUGACUGGAACGAAUUGCAAAAAUCUCUGAAGCUGGUGACACUUAUCUCCCUCACUAACUUUAAGCAUCAGUUGUCAGAGCACCUUACCGAUCACUGCACCUGUACACAGCCCAUCUGAAAUUAGCCCACCCAACUACCUCAUCCCCAUAUUGUUAUUUAUUUUGCUAAUUUGCACCCCAGUAUCUCUAUUUGCACAUCAUCUCUUGCACAUCAAUAAUUACAGUGUUAAUACUAAUUGUAAUUAUUUUGCACUAUGGCCUAUUUAUUGCCUUACCUCCAUAACUUGCUACAUUUGAACACACUGUAUAUACAGUGAGGGGAAAAAGUAUUUGAUCCCCUGAUGAUUUUUUACGUUUGCCCACUGACAAAGAAAUAAUCAGUCUAUAAUUUUAAUGGUAGGUUUAUUUGAACAGUGAGAGACAGAAUAACAACAAAAAAAUCCAGAAAAACGCAUGUCAAAAAUGUUAUAAAUUGAUUUGCAUUUUAAUUAGGGAAAUAAGUAUUUGACCCCCUCUCAAUCAGAAAGAUUUCUGGCUCCCAGAUGUCUUUUAUACAGGUAACGAGCUGAGAUUAGGAGCACACUCUUAAAGGGAGUGCUCCUAAUCUCAGUUUGUUACCUGUAUAAAAGACACCUGUCCACAGAAGCAAUCAAUCAAUCAGAUUCCAAACUCUCCACCAUGGCCAAGACCAAAGAGCUCUCCAAGGAUGUCAGGGACAAGAUUGUAGACCUACACAAGGCUGGAAUGGGCUACAAGACCAUCGCCAAGCAGCUUGGUGAGAAGGUGACACCAGUUGGUGCGAUUAUUCUCAAAUGGAAGAAACACAAAAUAACUGUCAAUCUCCCUCGGCCUGGGGCUCCAUGCAAGAUCUCGCCUCGUGGAGUUGCAAUGAUCAUGAGAACAGUGAGGAAUCAGCCCAGAACUACACGGGAGGAUCUUGUCAAUGAUCUCAAGGCAGCUGGGACCAUAGUCACCAAGAAAACAAUUGGUAACACACUACGCCGUGAAGGACUGAAAUCCUGCAGCGCCCGCAAGGUCCCCCUGCUCAAGAAAGCACAUAUACAUGCCCGUCUGAAGUUUGCCAAUGUCACGCUCUGGCUCCGGGACUUUGUAUGUUGAGCCAGGGUGUGUUCGUUUCGUGGUGUUCUGUUUGGUUGGGUUGUUCUAGGUGGUUGUAUUUCUUUGUUUGGAUGAGUGACUCCCAAUCAGAGGUAACGAGUGUCAGCUGUUGGCUCGUUGUCUCUGAUUGGGAGCCAUAUUUAUACUGUCUGUUUUCACCUUGUGUUUGUGGGUUUUUGUUCCGUGUUCAGUCAGUGUUACUGUGGACUUCACGAUCGUGUUUUGUUUUGUACUUGUGCUUUACUAAUUAAAGUCAUGUUCGUUUCACACGCUGCGCCUUGGUCUACUCCUUCUCGUCAAGACGAUCGUGACAGAAAACCCCACCAUAACCAGACCAAGCAGCGUGUUCAGGAGCCAUCGCUGGCAGAUCUCCGUGGCAACCUCGACUGGAUCAAGCAGCGUGACGAGGAGAGAGGAUGGACGUGGGAGGAGAUGAUUGCGAGUCUGGCAAGAGGGAGGAGAGACCCCCAGGAAAUUUUUAGGGGGGGGCUCACGACGUCGGGGCAGCAGGUGUACGGGUUAGAGCGGUGCAAAGCGUUGGCAGAGAAGGCCGCCAGGUUAGGGGGGCCACUGGGCACAGAGGAGAGGGAAAGUGUGGAGGCACGGCGAGAGGUACUGGGGUGUGUUACCAGUCCGGUCCGGCCCGUUCCUGAUCCCUGCGUGGGGCCAGUGGUGUGUGUCCCCAGUACGGUCCGGCCUGUUCCUGCCAUUCCCACCAAGUCAGUGGUGCGCGUCGUCAGCCCGGCCCGGCCUGUUCCUGCCAUUCCCACCAAGUCAGUGGUGUGCGUCGCCAGCCCAGCCCGGCCUGUCCCUGCUCCACGCACAAAGCCUACGGUGUGCGUCGCCAGCCCAGCCCGGCCUGUCCCUGCUCCACGCACAAAGCCUACGGUGUGCGUCGCCAGCCCAGCCCGGCCUGUCGCUGCUCCACGCACCAAGCCAAGGGGGCGCAUCGUCAGCCAGGUCCGGUCCGUUCCUGCCUCACGCGCCAAGCCAGGGGUGCGCGUCGUCAGCCUGGUCCAGCCCGUUCCUGCUACUCGCACCAAGCCAAGGGUGCGAGUCGUCAGCCUGAUCCAGCCCAUUCCUGCUACUCGCACCAAGCCAAGGAUGCGAGUCGUCAGCCUGGUGAGGUCCGUUCCGGCUCCACGCACCAAGCCAAGGGUGCGUAUCGUCAGCCAGGUCCGGUCCGUUCCUGCCUCACGCGCCAAGCCAGGGGUGCGCGUCGUCAGGCCGGUGCCUGAUCAGGUCAGCUACUCCACUACGGAGUUUGAGCAAUCCGCUCCGUCUAUGUCCGGUCCAGAUCCAGCCAGCGGGGUCAGACCGGACCGGGGGCGCUACGGGGGGAUUGUGGAAGGGUGGUGGUCAAGCCCGGAGCCGGAGCCGCCUCCGAGGAGAAAUGCCCACCCAGCCCUCCCCUGUUUGGGGUUUUGAGGCGCGGUCGCAGUCCGCGCCUUUAGGGGGGGGGUACUGUCACGCUCUGGCUCCGGGACUUUGUAUGUUGAGCCAGGGUGUGUUCGUUUCGUGGUGUUCUGUUUGGUUGGGUUGUUCUAGGUGGUUGUAUUUCUUUGUUUGGAUGAGUGACUCCCAAUCAGAGGUAACGAGUGUCAGCUGUUGGCUCGUUGUCUCUGAUUGGGAGCCAUAUUUAUACUGUCUGUUUUCACCUUGUGUUUGUGGGUUUUUGUUCCGUGUUCAGUCAGUGUUACUGUGGACUUCACGAUCGUGUUUUGUUUUGUACUUGUGCUUUACUAAUUAAAGUCAUGUUCGUUUCACACGCUGCGCCUUGGUCUACUCCUUCUUGUCAAGACGAUCGUGACAGCCAAUGAACAUCUGAAUGAUUCAGAGGAGAACUGGGUGAAAGUGUUGUGGUCAGAUGAGACCAAAAUGGAGCUCUUUGGCAUCAACUCAACUCGCCGUGUUUGGAGGAGGAGGAAUGCUGCCUAUGACCCCAAGAACACCAUCCCCACCGUCAAACAUGGAGGUGGAAAAAUUAUGCUUUGGGGGUGUUUUUCUGCUAAGGGGACAGGACAACUUCACCGCAUCAAAGGGACGAUGGACGGGGCUAUGUACCGUCAAAUCUUGGGUGAGAACUUCGUUCCCUCAGCCAGGGCAUUGAAAAUGGGUCUUGGAUGGGUAUUCCAGCAUGACAAUGACCCAAAACACACGGCCAAGGCAAGAAAGGAGUGGCUCAAGAAGAAGCACAUUAAGGUCCUGGAGUGGCCUAGCCAGUCUCCAGACCUUAAUCCCAUAGAAAAUCUGUGGAGGGAGCUGAAGAUUCGAGUUGCCAAACGUCAGCCUCGAAACCUUAAUGACUUGGAGAAGAUCUGCAAAGAGGAGUGGGACAAAAUCCCUCCUGAGAUGUGUGCAAACCUGGUGGCCAACUACAAGAAACGUCUGACCUCUGUGAUUGCCAACAAGGGUUUUGCCACCAAGUACUAAGUCAUGUUUUGCAGAGGGGUCAAAUACUUAUUUCCCUCAUUAAAAUGCAAAUCAAUUUAUAACAUUUUUGACAUGCGUUUUUCUGUUUUUUGUUGUUGUUAUUCUGUCUCUCACUGUUCAAAUAAACCUACCAUUAAAAUUAUAGACUGAUAAUUUCUUUGUCAGUGGGCAAACGUACAAAAUCAGCAGGGGAUCAAAUACAUUUUUCCCUCACUGUAUAUUUUCUGUUGUAUUUUUGACCUUAUGUUUUGUUUUACCCCAUAUGUAACUCUGUGUUGUUGUUUUUAUCACACUACUUUGCUUUAUCUUGGCCAGGUCGCAGUUGUAAAUGAGAACUUGUUCUCAACUGGCGUACCUGGGGUGGCAGGUAGCUUAGUGGUUAAGAGCGUUGUGCCAGUAACCGCUGGUUCUAAUCCCCGAGCCGACUAGGUGGAAAAUCUGUUGAUGUGCCCUUGAGCAAGGCUCUUAACCCUAAUUGCUCCUGUAAGUUGCUCUGGAUAAGAGCGUCUGCUAAAUGACUAAAAUGUAAAAUAAAGGUGAAAUAAAUAAAUAAAAUAUGCCACGGGCACUGUCUGUGGCUAACCUAAGCAAUACCAUGCCGCCACAUGGCCCACAAACACUAAAGCUUAUGUAAAUGCCUGGCAAAAAUAUGAUUCAGCCAUCCUUAAUUCUUCUUUUGCUGCUUUUGCGUUUUCUUCUAUAUUUUGUGAACUUGCCAUAACCCAGUGGCACUAUUAUUGUCAUAGCAUCCUUUGUGGUUGUAAUAACACAAUCCAGUUUCUGAACACACCCCCAUAUGAUGUAGAAUAUUGAACACUUUAACCCACUUUAAAGGUGCUACACAUAGGAUUUCUAUUUUAUUUUUGUAUUGUAAUUUCAGAAAUAUAUCUGCAGUAAUAGUGUAAUGAUAGUGUUUCACAGUAUUACUUACCCGCCAGUGUUGUGAUUGGCUGUGAUAUUCGCCUAUAGAUUUCUCCUGCCGGCAUCUGUUGUCAAAAUGGGAAAGCUGUUUUGAUUUUGUGGCUGUCUUUAGCGGAAAUCAGGUCUAGCGGCCAAUGUAGAAAUCGCUCUGUCAUUUCCUGGGUGCUAAAAUUCUACACUGUUCACUCAAUGUCUGUUUAUGUGAGACAACAAGCCCUGAAUAGUGUAGGGAAUCAUUGUACCAUCUAAAUCGCUGUGAAAUAUAUUUUCAAUAACAAAAAAUAUAGUUUUUACAGCUGUUUGAAGCUGGUAGACCAAAACUGGAAGUAAAAGGCUCAAGCGCGAGUCUCCGCCAUGUUACGGGGAAAUUGAAUGCGGGGGAGGGGGGAUAUUUGUUUUGAAUGCAGUCUAGUGCUGUUGCAAUUCACCUAGCUUCCAAAUGUGUAAGCACCUUUAAACAACUUCACCAUGUAGUCUUAGGUAGCAUGCUACCCGUUAACCGCCCUCUCAGCUGGGGUGUAUUCAUUACGGAAAACAUUUACCAUUUAAGAACCAAACGGAAGCAAACAGAGCAAAACAAGUUUCUAUUGGACAAAUUUAGGUAGGUCCCUCCCCGUUUUUGUUCUGUUUGCUUCCGUUUAAGAAACGUUUUGCACAGAAUCGGCGUAAUGAAAAUACCCAUGCUAAUGGUUAAAGUGAGCCCAUAGGGAAGAGUACACUUUACUUUCAUUGCUGUGAUUUUGGUUUUGUGCUUGUUCUUUUUUCUGUGAAUAUCCGCAUUGCGUUUUCAUGAGACGAUUAGCCAAGGUCAUAUUCUUUUCAGUGGUACCACUAUGUGAUGCCCCCUCAUAACUUAGUCCUUUAUGCAACUUGAAAACAACAGAAAGCCCUUUCUUUCUUAACCCAAGGUUCUCUGGUCAUUUGAGAACCUUGUGUAGUUCCAUGUGUUUGGGUUUCUAGUUGCUUGGAAUGAUGGGCCCCCUACGCAGGACAAAGCCAUAUUACGCAACAGAACAGUGCAAGGGAUAUCACAGCACAAAGGCUUUAUUAUAUGUUCUCGGGACACGAUUGUAGUCAAUUACAACCAGUCUGGCUCGGCUCCCUGUUUUGCUUGUGCCGUUAUUACCAAAUAAGGUGUAGGAUUUGGGUUGUAUAACUAAUAAGCCUGAGUUGUGCCCCCCCAAAGAGCUUAUUAAAGGGAUCAGCCUUGUUGUUCAGCCUUUUUGGGUUACCCAUAUUAGCUGUUCGCAAAACAGCAUUGCAUAACCGUCAGACACUGGCACGGGAAGAGCAACUGUGUAGACGAGGCCUGGUUCUUUUGGCUGCUCCACCAGUUAUUACAUAAUGAACAGUUCUACAACUCAUGCUUGUCCUAUUCAUCCCGUAUCCUCAGAGUAUGACCCCUAUUCAUGGUGCAGUGCUCGGGUCAUGUGUCGGUUUUCCGGUCAUGUUUGUUCCAACUUUGGUCAUAAACAGACUGUAAUACACAAACAAAGUGGAGCUCCCUUUUAACAGAGAUUCCUCCUGAUGUGGAAUUUUCCCCAAAUAGCAAUUAGCUUCUCACCUUUUUAUACUCCCCGUGAUCAGAUGUGCAGCAAAUGCACGUACCUCUCCAACAGUUAGAUACAAACACACGCACUCACAAAACCGCUGUAUUUUGUCUUGUAUAGGCGGAUCAAGGGUUUCCGAUCACCCAGCCAAAAGGAACAUGGUCAAGGUCCCUGUGGACCGAUGCAUGGAGAAUGGGGUGAGUGAAAAAAACGGUACUACAGUAAAAUGAAGGAAGAUGGAAGCCAAUGGUUUUAAAUGGUGUGGUGUGACACAUUCAUUGUCAUUAUUUACCCCCCAGGUGGCGCCGCCUCGCAUGGAUAUCACCCUCUCGGAGCUGCAGGAGAUGGCGUCACGGCAACAGCAGCAGAUCAAUUCGCAGCAGCAGCUCCUGGCCUCAAAGGUAGGGCAAGACAUUGGCCAUGUUGGAGAGCAUCAAAACCAUGAUACGUUGUGGGUAAAUUGUGACUGACUGACGUGGCUAUAAAUAAUAAUCAGUAGUUAUUUAUGAUGCAAGGGGAUUUGUAGAUCAGUGCAGUUGAUGUCAAACAAGAACAUUGACUCGUUUGGCAGAGGAGUACAGCCACUAAAUAAGGUCAAGACAUGUAAUUCUUCACCUUUUCUCAUGCCUAGGCCAGCGUGAAGCAGAUGGGCCUGUAUGGUAGAGCUCCAGACGAGACAAUGUCCAAUAAAAAUAGUUGUUUCUUUCCCUUUCUUACCAAUACUUAUUAGCUUGACAUAGGCUUCCAGUUGAAUAGUCUGAUUCCUCUCAAGGUUUCUUCCUAGACAGUUCUUCUUCACACUGUCCCCUCUGCCUUCUCUUUAUUAAGCUCUAUUAAUAAAGACAAGUCUCUUUCUUUAAAGACAUGGGAAGGUCUAACACUGAGUUAGACAGUUACAAAGGCUACAAUAAAGGAUGCUAACCUCUCACCAUUACCAGUAACAGUGGAGGUUAGCAAUUUACAUUUUAGUCAUUAAGGUGACGCUCUUAUCCAGAGCGAGGGGGUAUCAUCUUUGUGCCCUAACUUUCUCACUCAUCAUUAUUCAUGCUUCCUUCAUGAUUAAUUCAUAAUCAUGGCACCAUCCACGUGAAUGUAGAAGUGUUCAGAAACAUCUUCAAUUCUCACAGGCACUAAAAGUGACUCCAAAAGAACAAUACAUUAUUCCGUAUUUGGUUACGGUAGCUCAGCUGGUCCUCUGUAGCUCAGCUGGUAGAGCACGGUGCUUGUAACGCCAGGUUAGUGGGUUCGAUCCCCGGGACCACCCAUACAGAAAAAUGUAUGCACGCAUGACUGUAAGUCGCUUUGGAUAAAAGCGUCUGCUAAAUGGCAUAUUAUUAUUAUGUUACUAUUGGGCAAGACAUGAUACAAAAGACACCCAAAACAAACUGCAAAUGCAGAGUUUGUAUAGUCACAGAUUUGAUGUAGUCAUUGUGUGCCAGGAAUAUGGGACCAAAUAGUACACCUUUGACUACUUUAAUACACCAUGUGGGUAUUAUUAAAAACUUUAAUCUGAACUUGAAAAUGUUUUCUUGUUUGGAUGGCUAGGAGCAGCGUCUGCGCUACCUGAAGCUGCAGGAGCAGCGGCAGCAGCAGCAGCAGGCGUCAGAGCAGGAGAGACUACGGCAGCUCCGUGAGAACGCUGAGAACCAGGAGACCAAGCUGCGGCGGGUGCGGGCACUCAAGGGUCAAGUGGAGCAGAAACGCCUCAGCAACAGCAAACUGGGUCAGUGCCAAGGGGAGAGCGAGGAGUUGAGGACACUCGAUGAAGAGGGGUUUGGGAAAGGAGCUGGGUAGGGCUUUCUGGGUAACAUGUUUUUUUCCAAAUUGACACACUUGACAUUUCUUUGCACGAAAACAGCAAUUUUUGCUGGUUGGCUUAGGCCUACAGUGUACACCCAGCUAACUACUUUUGGUUCAAAAGAGGAUUCCUGGUUUUAGUUUCCAGAAUGUUAUUUUGUCCAGUUUUCUGUGUAUUCCGAGAAUGUACACCUGAAGGUUAUGGGAACGUUGUGUAUUAAGAUUAUUUGGACAUCAAAAAAACAAUUGAACCUACCCUCCCGAGUGGCGCAGCAGUCUAAGGCACUGCAUGGCAGUGCUGAAGCGUCACUACAGCCUCAGGUUUGAUCCCAGGCUGUGUCACAGCCGGCCGUGACCGGGAGACCCAUGAGGUGGCGCACAAUUGGCCCAGCGUCGUCCGGGUUAGGGGAGGGUUUUAGCGACUCCUUGUGUUGGGCCGCACAUCUGCAAGCUGACUUCGGUCGUCAGUUGGACGGUGUUUCCUCCGACACAUUGGUGCGGCUGGCUUCUGGGUUAAGCGAGCAGUGUGUCAAGAAGCAGUGCAGCUUGGCAGGGCCGUGGUUCGGAGGAUGCAUGGCUCUCGAAAAGACUGUUACUAUCAAAAUUAUUAUAAUAAUACAUUUGAACCUGAAGGUGCAAUUUGGGGGAAUGAUAGCUGAAACAUUUCUCGAUUAUUAUUAUUUUUUGAUCUGCCGUACCAGACGUUCACAGAACAUGUUUAGGUUUAAGAUAAAAUCUUGACGUUAACGGAAAAUUAGAUUUUGGUUUAACCUAACACACCAUUAGCAUUCUCUAAAUGUUACUUUUCAAAUUUGACUACUGUGUCUGUUUAUCUGUGUCUGUCUGUCUGUCUGUCUGUGUGUGCUUGUGUGUGUUUGUUGAUUUGCGUGGCCGUAUAGUGGAUGAGAUAGAGCAGAUGAACGGGAUGUUUCAGAGUAAGCAGCGGGAGCUCCUGGUGGCCGUCUCCAGAGUGGAGGAGCUGAGCAGGCAGCUGGAGACCCUGAAAAGCGUCAAGAUGGAGCCCUCGAAUGACGGCCCGAGCUCCGCCGGCGAGCUGGAGCGUCUUUACAAGGAGCUGCAGGUAAGAGAAGAUCCGAUUUGUCUGCUUCCACAGAAGUUUCUUUUUGCGGCAAAAAUAACAUCAUCAACACAGCGGGACAACAAACACACACUACAUGACCAAAAGUAUGUGGACACCUGCUCGUCGAACAUCUCAUUCCAAAAUCAUGGACAUUAAUAUGGAGUUGGUCCCCCUUUGCUGCUAUAACAGCAUCGACUCUUCUGGGAAGGCUUUCCACUAGAUGUUGGAACAUUGCUGCGGGGACUUGCUCCCAUUCAGCCACAAGAGCAUUAAUGAGGUCGGGCACUGAUGUUGGGCGAUUAGGCCUGGCUCGCAGUCGGCGUUCCAAUUCAUCCCAAAGGUGUUGGAUGGGGUUGAGGUCAGGGCUCUGUGUAGGCCAAUCAAGUUUUUCCACACCGAUCUCGACAAACCAUUUCUGUAUGGACCUCGCUUUGUGCACAGGGGUAUUGUCAUGCUGAAACAGGAAAGGGCCUUCCCCAACUGUUGCCACAAAGUUGGAAACACAGAAUUGUCUAGAAUGUCAUUGUAUGCUGUAGCGUUAAGAUUUCCCUUCACUGGAACUAAGGGGCCUAGCCCAAACUCAUUAUUCCUCCCCCACCAAACUUUACAGUUGGCACUAUGCAUUCGGGCAGGUAACGUUCUCCUGGCAUCUGUCAAACCCAGAUUCGUCCGUCAGACUGCCAGAUGGUGAAGCGUGAUUCAUCACUCCAGAGAACGUGUUUCCACUGCUCCAGAGUCCAAUGACGGCAAGCUUUACACCACUCCAGCCGAUGCUUGGCAUUGCGCAUGGUGUUCUUAGGCUUGUGUGCAGCUGCUCGGCCAUGGAAACCCAUUUCAUGAAGCUCCCGACGAACAGUUAUUGUGCUGACGUUGCUUCUAGAGGCAGUUUAGAACUUGGUAGUGAGUGUUGCAACCGAGGACAGAUGAUUUUUACGCGCUACGCACCUUAGCACUCAGGGGUCCCGUUCUGUGAGCUUGUGUGUCCUACCACUUCACAGCUGAGCCGUUGUUGCUCCUAGACGUUUCCACUUCGCAAUAACAGUACUUACAAUUGACCGGGGCAGCUCUAGCAGGGCAUAAAUUUGACGAACUGACUUGUUGGAAAGGUGGCAUCCUAUGAUGGUGCCAUGUUGAAAGUCACUGAGCUCUUCCGUAAGGCCAUUCUACUGUCAAUGUUUGUCUAUGGAGAUCGCAUGGCUGUGUGCUCGUUUUUAUACACCUGUCAGCAAUGGGUGUGGCUGAAAUAGCCAAAUCCACUAAUUUGAAGGGGUGGCCACAUACUUUUUUAUAUAUAGUGUAUACCCCAGAACAAAACUGCUGGCUCUGAAGUUUUCUUUUCAUACUGUCCUUUUCAGCACGGUUCCAGCAACUAUGGUGGAUAUGUAACCAGGCCAACUCAGUAGAGCUUGGUUUGGCUCGGCUUAGUUCGGCUCAGUAGUGGGAAAAGCUCUAUAUAAACAUAAAGCUGACUCUAGCUCUCUCUCCCUUCUCCCCCUGAUUAAGCUGAGGAACAAGCUGAACCAGGACCAGAGUGCCAAGCUGCAGCAGAAGCGCGAGAGCCUCAGCAAGCGCAACCUGGAAGUAGCCACCAUGGACAAGCGAGUGGCCGAGCUCCGCGAACGCCUUUGGAAGAAGAAGGCAGCGCUACAGCAGAAGGAGAACCUGCCCGUGAGUCAAGUAGAGGUUCAAAGUUCAAAAGCUUUAUUGUUACCUUAGGGCAGUGUUCAUCAGACCACAUCAGCCCCACAUUUAUUGGAACUAAGCUGAGGAAUGGGGCCAGGGAAAUGUAGCACCACUCCAAUUCAUAGACGGAGCUAUGGAUGCAAGGACUGACAGUCCAUGAGAUCAAUGUGAUAUGUGCAGGAGUAAUCUUUUACAUUACAAUGCCCUACAUCAGGGAUGGGCAACUUUGAUGGGGGUGGGGGCCACAGAAAAUCUGAACUUAUCAUGAGGGUCUGCAGUGGCUCAAGGCUCACAUCCUUACAUCAAGUACCCACAUCCAUACUUUUGGGGGCACUAAGCGAAAUGUUGUGGACCCCCCCCCCCCCCAUGCAAGUAAAACAUUUUAGCAGCCCCCUUCUUGACAGCGGAGAUUUAAAAAAAAAAUGUACCUCUCAACGGUAAAUCGAGACCCCGACUGAGUUCCUAAAAACAAAACAUUAUUAUUUAGUUUUUAAUGGAAAUUGAUCCGCGGGCCUAAAAAAACGUGGGCCACCAGUUGUCCAUCCCUGCCCUACAUAGGGUGACAUAACAUAUGUUAUUAGGCUCAUAAUAAGAUAUUAUAAAGGCUCAUACAUACUAAUAACAACUAAUAAAGCAUCAUACCUGCUAACUUUAGAUAAAGUGUUACCCAAACGUUCUCUCCAGGUCCACACAGAGAGCCAGGCCCUGCAACCGUGUGGCCCCUCCAGGGUGGCGGCCGUGGGCCCUUACAUCCUGUCCUCCACUGCGGCCCCAGGGCCUCCGGUGCCGAGCCGACAGGAGCUGUUGAUUAAGCCUGCCUACCCCGACGGCACCACCACCUUACCCAUGCCAGACUCCUCCAUGAAGGCCCCUCCUAGACCGCUUAAACCUUACUCAGGUAAAAACGUUGUUUCGUUAUGGAUGAUUUUACUUUGUGUGUGUGUGUUCAAUUGCAAUUGCGUGUGUGCACUUGUGUUUGUGCAAGUGACUGCGUUGGCCGUGUGUUAGUGUGCAUGUGUGUAACUGUGUAGUAGUAGAUUGUGGACAUAUAUUUGCCUUUGCAAUUCAAGUGCUAUUUCUAUGUGUUAACACUUCUCUCUCUGACAGGUUUCCAGUCAUCCAAGACGUCCAAGCUGUCCGACUGGUCCAGCUCCAGUGCAGAGUCCAGUGGCAGUCAUCAUGGCAUGUCCUCUACUCUGCCUCGUAUGUCCAGCCUCUCCUCACAGGGCUCAGGUAACCAUCUCCCUUCGACUUGGCUAGGAACCAGGGUUGGGUUCAGUUCCAUUUUCAAUUCAGGAAGUGAAUUGAAAAUGUACUGCAUGAAUUAACUAAUCCUAAUAGAAAAGAAUGGGCAAUUUUGAAUUAAUGAAGGGAAUUCUUGCUAAGGCCAUAUUAUUUAAUUAAUUUAGAAAUUAAUUUCAGGUCAUCCCAUGAGAUGUAGCAUAGUGUUUUAUUAAACUGAUGCUGGGAAUAUAUUAAAAAUAAAGACUUGCUCCAGGUUACAGUGAUUGUGAUGUGUAUAUGGUUCUGACCAUCUUGAUAAUGUUCGGUUAACGUUCUUAUGUGGAUGUCAUAUGGUUUGGAUAAUGUUCUGAUUAUGAUAUGGAUGUCAUAUGGUUUUGAUAAUGUAAAUGUCAUAUGGUUCAUAUAAUGUUCUGAUGUGGUUUCCUCUGUGGUUGCAGGAGAUGCCGAGACCCUCAAGGACCAAAAGGGGCGUCACAUUUCUAUGUUUGACGCCCCACCUCCUGUCCCCUCACGGAACAAUCAGAGCAGCGAGGACCUCUUAAGGGAUGCCCAGGUACUGCACUGAUUUUCAGAAGCAUUUUAGGAACCAUUCAUAUUCUUAAAAGAUGCUCGCUCCCUUGCUAUGUUCUUCCCUACCCAAUUUAUUUUCUUCCUAUAAAUGAUCACAGACCCACAGAGAAUACAUAUUAUUCUGCUUUCCAUUGUUUUGCUUUUUCCAAAAAUGCCCGAUUAGUCAAUGAAGCAGCUUCAAUGUAUUUUCAAUAUACAGGGUUGUAUUGUUUUUUGGGUUGGAGGGUGGUAAAACCAUUUGUAGGUUUGAUUCCCUCAUGGCCCACAUAUUAAUACUGGAUAUACAGUACCAGUCAAAAGUUUGGACACACCUACUCAUUCAAGGGUCUUUCUUUAUUUUUUACUAUUUUCUACAUUGUAGAAUAAUAGUGAAGACAUCAAAACUAUGAAAUCAAGGCAAAGGGUGGCUACUUUGAAGAAUCUCAAAUAUAAAAUUACUACAUCAUUCCAUAUGUGUUAUUUCAUAGUUUUGAUGUCUUCACUAUUAGAAAAUAGUAAAAAUAAGGAAAAACCCUGGAAUGAGUAGGUGUGUCCAAACUUUUGACUGGUACUGUAUGUGUGAACUGUCAGUUGUAUUGGAUAAAAACAUCUGUUAAUUAGCCUCCCUUGUGUCGCGACCGGGAGACCCAUGAGGCGGCGCACAAUUGGCCCAGCGUCGUCUUGGUUAGGGGAGGGUUUGGCCGGCCGGGAUGUCCUUGUCCCAUCGCGCUCUAGCGACUCCUUGUGGCUGACUUCUGUCGCCAGUUGUACAGUGUUUCCUUCGACACAUUGGUGCGGCUGGCUUCUGGGUUAAGCGAGCAGUGUGUCAAGAAGCAGUGCGGCUUGGCAGGGUCGUGUUUCGGAGGACGCAUGGCUCUCGACCUUCGCCUCUCCCGAGUCCGUACGGGAGUUGCAGCGAUGGGACAAGACUGUAACUACCAAUUGGGGAGAAAAAGGGGUAAUAAUAAUAAAAAAUAACCAUCUGUUAAUUGACAUUUGUUGCAGUGAUAAUAUUAUGUAUUUAAUUUUCAUUAUACUAUGCAUGUUACGGUCUUCUUGACUCAAUAGGCUGGUGGUAAGGCUCUCGGCAAGGUGCCACCUCCUAUUCCUACCAAGCCCCCGACCUUCGGCAAACACCCCUACAGCACAGGCACCUUCCCGGGCAAGGCCAAACCGGCUGCCUCCCUCCAUCUGUGUGCACCUCCGCCCAUUCCCAUCCACAGCCACACCCUGCCUCUGCCCCCAAAGCAGGAGGCUCUUCCAGCGGCUACGGUGCGCCCCUUCACCCCGGAUCCUCCAGAGUCCACAGCAGCAGUGCCUGUCCUCCAGAAGCCACAGACUGUGGCGGCCUCCUCCAUCUACUCCAUGUACACCCAACAGCCCAGGACAGGCGGGGGCACUCUGACACGCACGCAGCCCAGAGGUAAGAGAAGGAGCCAUGGCUACUGUAGUGUAUGGCUACUCCUAUGACUCCUGGAUCUUUACUAUGUUACUAAACUGAGUAAUUUGAUAAAAUCAUUCUGCAUUUUCUGUUAUUGUUUAGCAAAAUACCUUCCUUAAAUUUCCCUACUAACAGCCUUACACUCUUUUAAAAGAUGGAAUGGUGAUUGUGUUAGCGUGCUAGGUUGUUUUAUUGCUAUGAAGCAGCUUCCUUGAUCCCAUUAGCACGCAUUGACCAUUCACUCUCUCUCUGAUAGUGUAUGGAAAGCCAGUCAUCCCAGGCAGUGGGGGGCAGCAGUCGCUCCUCCAGGACUCCACCUAUCUGGGGGCCGGCGAUUUCGAGGUGGACCAGGGGGGUCCCGGCCUGGCACCUCCGGCCCCCGAGAGCCAGGAGACAGAGCGGGCCCCUCGUCCCCUCAGCCCCACCAAGCUCCUCCCCUUCAUCUCACACCCCCACCGGCACCCCAGCGACGCCGACCUGGAGGCCCUGCGCCGCCGGCUGCACCAUGCCCCGCGGCCCCUCAAGAAGCGCAGCUCCAUCACAGAGCCUGAGGGCCCCGCGGGGCCCAACAUCCAGAAGCUGCUCUACCAGAAGACCACACUAGCCGCCAUGGAGACUGUUGUGGCGUCCCCCUACGAGGGUGAAGGUGGAGGAACAUGGAAGGAGGGCGCCAGUGCCGGUGGAUCCCCAGACCGCACUGGUACGUCCCAAGUUUUCGACGCCGCCGUGUCCCUUGCUGAGACCGAGGAAGACACACAGGUGCCUCCUCCCCAGCCCCCCCACUCGCCCAUCCCAGAGCCCUCUUCCUCCUCCAGCCACACCCUGCCCCCAUCGCUGGAGGAAGAGGAGCCGGAGCCCUGCCCCCCGCCCCCCCAUCAGCCAGAAGCCUACAUGGAGGAGUACCCACCCUACCCGCCCCCUCCAUACCCCAGCGCGGGGGAGCAGGACCUGGGGGAGGACAACCUCAGCAUGCAGGCUCCAGAGGUCACGGGACAGGUUACUCUGCCACCGGUAUGUAGCCACACCCACAUUCUAUGUCCAAAUAGCCCAUACUAGCAUAAUACAUAGUAUGAGGUCAUGUUUUAGCCAAACAUACUAAAAGGUGUGCUGGUUUGGAUAUUGGGUUACACGGAUGGUGAGAUAUUUGGUAUUGGGAAACCAUUUUGAUUGAUGUAUUGUUUGUGUGACAUAUACAGUAUUAUGUAUUUAUAGUGGCAGAUGUAGCAACGCGCAUGCCCCGCCCACCUGAGGAUCUGUCUUUUUCAGCCAUCUGUGUUUGAAGAGUGUAAAAUUCACUUGUCCCUAGGGCUGUUGCGGUGACCGUAUUACCUCCACACCGGCAGUCAUGAGUCAUGACCGCAGUAAAAUUCCAUGUGACUGAGUCAUUGUAAUCUCCUCUUAUACACUCUGGACAUACUGUAUGUUGGUAGUACCCAACAAGCUAACGACCAUCAGGUCGCUAAUGGCCUGGUACUCAGUGCUCUAUUGUCCCCUAACCCCUCUGACAUCAAUGCAAAUGCGAUCGAAAAUCACAUCAAACACUUAUCAUCAAAACAGCAUCAUGCUUUUAAAACUCACCUAACUGUGAUGAUCAAUUUGAAGAAAGACGUUCAACAGCAGGUUGAAACUGAGUGAAAAACAUGGUCAUUGUGGAUGUUGUUUCAAAGCCUAACACAACGAAAUGGUCAGUGCUUUCUAUGUUUUUUUGUUUUUUUAACAUAGGCAUUUAAAUAAUGAUUGUGCCAUUAUACAAUACAUAGCCUACCACAUAUUACGCACGGCAGAUUUAAGAUGUCUUUGGUGCAUAAUUGGUCUAGCCUAUACUCCAAAAUUAAACAAAUUCUAGUAAUGAGUGUGGACUGUAUUAUUAUGCAUACUGGAUGGACUGGUUACCUUAUGCUACGCUCCAAACUUUCUAUUCAUGAGUCUGGGAGUGAACGUAUAGGCCUAGGCGAUGCUGUUGGUUCUUUGAUUGUUAAUUGAGGUUACAGAGUUAACCUACAAUUAUAGUGAAUUUGAUUUUGAAUAGGGCAUUUUUCAUAUUUUUAUAAUUAUUAGGCUGACACAUUAACUUUAGCUACAGAAUAUAUCACCACCGUGCGUUUCCAUCUCCUACUCUACUCUCGCUUCUUCAUUCCUUUCUCGAGCGUUCAGAGAGAGGGGCUGUCAACAGUUUAAUGAAAUAUGUUUGGUGUGAAAACAUGUUGCUAUCGAUGUUACCGAAAAUACACCCAGUGUAUUUAUGCAAAUGAGGCACAUAUCAUUUGAUUUUUUAACACACACAAAAAAAAUACCUGAUACAAUAACAAAAUGUAUUGAUUUGAAUGCAUAAAAAAUUGACAAAUUGAAUACCAGAAUUUCCACCAAAGUCCCUGAACUCCAUUCAUUAUUUGUCCGAGCCAGUAAAAUGUUGCAUGUGCUAUAAUUCAGUCAAUAUCAUGGAUAAUACAAAUUCUAAAAAUUUGGAGUAUCUUCAUCCAUUGUCCAACUGUUGCAUUUAUUGUAAUUCAUUUUAAAACCUUUUAGCAAUUUCGAUGACCAUAGCUAGCAGAUGUCACUGCAUUAUAUUGUAAUUGUGAAACAUCUACACCCCUCACUCCUCUCCUCCUACACCCCUCCUGCAGGGCAAGAGGACCAACCUGCGCAAGGUCGGCUCAGAGCGCAUCGACCACGGCAUGCGGGUCAAGUUCAACCCCCUGGCCCUGCUGCUGGACUCAUCUCUGGAGGGCGAGUAUGACCUGGUGCAGAGGGUCAUCUAUGAUGUGAGUUUAUUUUUAUUUUUUAUGUGUGGGGCAGUCCCACUCCUUUUAAUUGAAGAGAUAGUGUUGGGAAGAUAAGGGGGGUGGGGAGUCAAAGGGCUGUUGGCCGGAUUCGAACUCCGUGAUGUGAGUUUUAUAUCAUUAGCCCAGCUAAUUUCUGCUGUUUCAAUGUUAAUACCACAGACUGGAUCACCUCAGACGACUCUUCCACACAAACGUCCCAUAAGCAAAGGCUUUGCAAUGCCGCUGCAAGUAAUACUUAAGUAGUACUCUUAAGCAACUAGAAACGCUGGUCUAUGUCCGUCAAAACGCUUAGCUUAGAAGUUGCCCUUAGGCACAGUUAUAGGAUCUGCUAAAACCUACCCAAAUCCUAACCUCAACCAUGUUGCCCUUAGGCACAGAUCUAAGAUCAGGUAAACCCUCCCCAAAUCCUAACCUCAACCAUGUUGCCCUUGGGCACAGAUCUAAGAUCAGCUAAUCCCACCCCAAAUCCUAACAUCAACCGUAAGGGGUAAAGACAGAUAACUGACCUUGUCUAGGAAAUGUCUUGAAGCCUAUUAACUUUGUGCCUUAUAGGUGGAUGACCCCAGCCUGCCCAAUGAUGAGGGCAUCACAGCCCUGCACAACGCCGUCUGCGCUGGCCACACCGAGAUCGUCAAGUUCCUGGUGCAGUUUGGCGUGAACGCCAACGCUGCCGACAGCGAUGGCUGGUGAGCCAUUAUAACUUUACAGUAGCCAGUGUCGCAUUACAGUUGCUGUUGUCCCUUUACAGUAUAUUUAUAGUGGUUGUUGUCCCUUUACAGUAUAUUUAUAGUGGUUGUUGUCCCUUUACAGUAUAUUUAUAGUGGUUGUUGUCACUUUACAGUAUAUUUAUAGUGGUUGUUGUCACUUUACAGUAGCCAAGAUCACUUUACAGUGACUUUACAGUAGCUGUUAUAAAAGCUGUUGUCACCCCCAGCAACCAGUAGCACGUCACAUCCAAGACUGUCUCAAUGUGUUCAUGUGGCUGAUGUUAUCCAGUCGCCCACUAUUACUGAAGUUAUUGUAUUUUUAUCUCUCCCCUCCUUCACUCCCCUACUCUCCCUCACCCAUCCUCUCUUGCUCUCAUCUCCUCCAACUCUCCCACCUUGUUCCCUCUCUUCCCUCCUCUCUUCCUCUACCUCCCUCCCUCCCUUUCUUCCAUCCCUACCUCACUCUACCUCUCCGUGUCUGUCUCUCUCCCAGGACUCCACUGCACUGUGCGGCCUCCUGUAAUAACGUGCAGGUGUGUAAGUUCCUGGUGGAGUCCGGGGCUGCUGUGUUCGCCACCACCUACAGUGACAUGCAGACAGCGGCCGACAAGUGCGAGGAGAUGGAGGAGGGCUACGCACAGUGCUCCCAGUUCCUCUACGGUGAGACCGCUAGUGUACGCUGACUGGAGACAAAGCUCAAAACAACAAAACAGCCUGUUACUCUUUUUCCAUUUUGCAACCGACUCGACCCCUCCACUUGUUUACAAAAUUCAGCUACCCUCACCUACUCCAACUAACAUUCGGUCCUCCAUAACAUGUUUUAGCGGAAAUUGAAUCUUAACGGCUUGUUCCUGACGAGGUGGGUGGUACUUUGUGUUGAUGCAGGUGUACAGGAGAAGAUGGGCAUCAUGAACCGUGGGGUGGUGUACGCCCUGUGGGACUACGAGGCCGAGGACGAUGACGAGCUCGCCUUCCAGGAAGGCGACUGCAUGACGGUGCUGCGGCGCGAGGACAAGGACGAGAUAGAAUGGUGGUGGGCCCGCUGCGGAGACCGAGAGGGCUACAUUCCAAGGAACCUGCUAGGGGUGAGCAGGAGAGAGGGGAGGAACACUAGCCUGGCCACACAUACAGUGCAUUCGGAAAGUAUUCAGACCCCUUGACUUUUUCCAAAUUUUGUUACGUUACAGCCUUAUACUAAAAUGGAUUACUUUUAAAAAUCCACAUCAAUCUACACACAAACCUCAUAAUCACAAAACGAAAACAGGUUUUUAGAAAUGUUUACAAAUGUAUAAAAAAACUAAAUUUAGCUCAGGUGCAUCCUGUUUCCAUUGAUCAUCCUUGAGAUGUUUUUACAACUUGAUUGGAGUCCACCUGUGGUAAAUUCAAUUAAUUGGACAUGAUUUGGAAAGGCACACAUCUGUCUAUAUAAGGUCCCACAGCUGACAGUGCAUGUCAGAGCAAAAACCAAGCCAUGAGGUUGAAGGAAUUGUCCGUAGAGCUCAGAGACAGGAUUGUGUCGAGGCACAGAUCUGGGGAAGGGUAUCAAACAUUUCUGCAGCAUUGAAGGUCCCCAAGAACACAGUGGCCUCCAUCAUUCUUAAAUGGAAGAAGUUUGGAACCACCAAGACUCUUCCUAGAGCUGGCCGCACGGCCAAACUGAGCAAUCGGGGGAGAAGGGCCUUGGUCAGGGAGGUGACCAAGAACCUGAUGGUCACUAUGACAGAGAUCCAGAGGGACUGGGGAGACUAGUCAGGAUCGAGGGAAAGUUGAACGGAGCAAAGUACAGAGAGAUCCUUGAUGAAAACCUGCUCCAGAGCGCUCAGGACCUCAGACUGGGGCGAAGGUACACCUUCCAACAGGACAACGACCCUAAGCACACAGCCAAGACAACGCAGGAGUGGCUUUGGGACAAGUCUCUGAAUGUCAUUGAGUGGCCCAGCCAGAGCCCGGACUUGAACCCGAUCUAACAUCUCUGGAGAGACCUGAAAAUAGCUGUGCAGCGACGCUCCCCAUCCAACUUGACAGAGCUUGAGAGGAUCUGCAGAGAAGAAUGGGAGAAACUCCCCAAAUACAGGUGUGCCAUGCUUGUAGCAUCAUACCCAAGAAGACUUGAGGCUGUAAUCACUGCGAAAGGUGCUUCAACAAAGUACUGAGUAAAGGGUCUGAAUACUUAUGUAAAUGUGAUUUCUUUUUUUAUUUAUUUAUACAUUUGCAAACAUUUCUAAAAACCUGUUUUUGCUUUGUCAUUACGGGGCAUUGUGUGUAGAUUGAUGAGGGGAAAAAACAAUUUAAUCAAUUUUAGAAUAAUGCUGUAACAUAACAAAAUGUGGAUAAAGUCAAGGGGUCUGAAUACUUUCCGAAUGACGGAAUACUUUCCGAAUGCACUGUAUGCUCCACCCCUAGUUCCUAAGCCCUAGGCACUCCUGUAGAUCUGAAAUGAUUGGAUAGGUGUAAGAAAUGUGGCAAAACUCAUUGGCAGGGUGAAGAGGGGUCAAUUUGGAAUUCAGCAGUAGUGUGUGUCUGUGGGCUGCAGCUCCAUAUUGUAUUCAGAGCAGUGGUUUAGUAUAGGAAAAGUGGACAUAUACAGUGAGGGAAAAAAGUAUUUGAUCCCCUGCUGAUUUUGUACGUUUGCCCACUGACAAAGAAAUGAUCAGUCUAUAAUUUUAAUGGUAGGUUUAUUUGAACAGUGAGAGACAGAAUAACAACUAAAAAAUCCAGAAAAACGCAUGUCAAAACUGUUAUAAAUUGAUUUGCAUUUUAAUGAGGGAAAUAAGUAUUUGACCCCCUCUCAAUCAGAAAGAUUUCUGGCUCCCAGGUGUCUUUUAUACAGGUAAUGAGCUGAGAUUAGGAGCACACUCUUAAAGGGAGUGCUCCUAAUCUCAGCUUGUUACCUGUAUAAAAGACACCUGUCCACAGAAGCAAUCAAUCAAUCAGAUUCCAAACUGUCCACCAUGGCCAAGACCAAAGAGCUCUCCAAGGAUGUCAGGGACAAGAUUGUAGACCUACACAAGGCUGGAAUGGGCUACAAGACCCUUGCCAAGCAGCUUGGUGAGAAGGUGACAACAGUUGGUGCGAUUAUUCGCAAAUGGAAGAAACACAAAAUAACUGUCAAUCUCCCUCGGCCUGGGGCUCCAUGCAAGAUCUCACCUCGUGGAGUUGCAAUGAUCAUGAGAACGGUGAGGAAUCAGCUCAGAACUACACGGGAGGAUCUUGUCAAUGAUCUCAAGGCAACUGGGACCAUAGUCACCAAGAAAACAAUUGGUAACACACUACGCCGUGAAGGACUGAAAGGACCGUCUGAAGUUUGCCAAUGAACAUCUGAAUGAUUCAGAGGAGAACUGGGUGAAAGUGUUGUGGUCAGAUGAGACCAAAAUCGAGCUCUUUGGCAUCAACUCAACUCGCCGUGUUUGGAGGAGGAGGAAUGCUGCUUAUGACCCCAAGAACACCAUCCCCACCGUCAAACAUGGAGGUGGAAACAUUAUGCUUUGGGGGUGUUUUUCUGCUAAGGGGACAGGACAACUUCACCGCAUCAAAGGGACGAUGGACGGGGCCAUGUACCGUCAAAUCUUGGGUGAGAACCUCCUUCCCUCAGCCAGGGCAUUGAAAAUGGGUCGUGGAUGGGUAUUCCAGCAUGACAAUGACCCAAAACACACAGCCAAGGCAACAAAAGAGUGGCUCAAGAAGAAGCACAUUAAGGUCCUGGAGUGGCCUAGCCAGUCUCCAGACCUUAAUCCCAUUGACAAUCUGUGGAGGGAGCUAAAGGUUCGAGUUGCCAAACGUCAGCCUCAAAACAUUAAUGACUUGGAGAAGAUCUGCAAAGAGGAGUGGGACAAAAUCCCUCCUGAGAUGUGUGCAAACCUAGUGGCCAACUACAAGAAACGUCUGACCUCUGUGAUUGCCAACAAGGGUUUUGCCACCAAGUACUAAGUCAUGUUUUGCAGAGGGGUCAAAUACUUAUUUCCCUCAUUAAAAUGCAAAUCAAUUUAUAACAUUUUUGACAUGCGUUUUUCUGGAUUUUUUUGUUGUUAUUCUUUCUCUCACUGUUCAAAUAAACCUACCAUUAAAAUUAUAGACUGAUCAUUUCUUUGUCAGUGGGCAAACGUACAAAAUCAGCAGGGGAUCAAAUACUUUUUUCCCUCACUGUACAUAUCCGGUGGUUUUGACCAGGGGGCAUUUCCACAAAACGUCUAAGAGGAGGAAUGCUGAUCUAGGAUCUGUCCAUAUACUGUAAAACUUCCAUUAAACGCCGAGCCUCCAACAAACGCUGGUCUCUUCUAAUGGCCGGGCAUCGCAAAAUAAAUGCCAGUCUCUAUUAAAUGCAGGGUCAAAAAAUAGUAAUUACCAGUAGGUUAUGCAUGCACACAUUUUGUCGCACUGCUCCAGUGGAAUUCCACAGCAUCUCUACCAAAGUUGAUAAUUGUUUUUCAAGCCUCUCUCUCUACCUCGCGCUGGAUGAUUGAUCCCUACCUGCCAAAAUGCAUUUCUGUCUGUGUAGCCAGCAAAGAAAACUGACCACUGGGGUACAGUUAGAGGUUGGAUAUUCGACAGACAUUCGGCUCUAUGGGGCUAGUUAGAGAUAUAUAUCCAACGUCAAACUAAUUUUACCACGAUCCACUUCGCCACUUUGUAGCCUAACAUUUGCAGUGCUUUCUAAAUGUAAGUGUUUUAAUUAACAAACGGGACUGUCUGGGAACUUAAUGACAGUAGCUGUUUUUAUCAACUUGUAGAGCUAGAAACCGAAAUUAUAACAGGGUGAGCUCUGCGUUUAAAGCAAAUAAACGCCUGGGCGCUUAAAAAAAGUUUACUGGUAAUCUUAUUCAUUAUGGCAAAUUAAAUGUCAAAAUCCUACUCUGAGAUGUUGUGAAUACUGCCACCGGUGCUGGAGGUCAAAGAAUAUGUUCAGUGAAAAGUAUAAAACCACAACUUUCAAUCUAUAUCUGAGGGGGAAAAAUUACCCUUGGGGGUCUACUUCUCUGAUUAGAAGACUGGUGAAGACCUAACAUUUCUUAGUCACGCAUGCCUUGUAAAGACCUACCAGCUCCUUGCGUAACCCCCUUGACAAAAACAUAUCUGCCAUUUCACAUACGGAGAUCCCUCAUCUGGCAAGGAUUACUGGAUUUCUUUAACUAGUGGGGGAAAUCCUGUCACUUAAGAAUAUUAUGUAAUAAUGCUGAAUCUAAAUUGAGACCAUCUAAAUGAGAAUCUCAGCCCCCUGCUUACCAUAGUUAUAUGAUCUUUAAAAUUGUAUUUUCUUCUUCUUAGCUGUAUCUGA